AACAUAUCGAGUUUUGUUUCCGAGUUUUCAUCGACGUGUCUUUCGUCGUCGGCGUUCCGCAUUUUCAUUCCGUGUUUUCGUGUUUUCUGCACCGGUUCCAGUCGCCUCUAAUCUCCAAACAUGACCAACAUCCAGACCGUCCUCGUCAAGUUCUACGACGACUACACCGGAAGCACCCCGAAGAAGCUAAAGAUCGUGGACGCCUACCUGCUGUACAUCCUGCUGACCGGUAUCUUCCAGUUCGUGUACUGCUGCCUGGUCGGAACGUUCCCGUUCAAUUCGUUCCUGGCCGGGUUUAUCAGCACCGUCAGCUGCUUCGUGCUGGGAGUGUGCCUCCGUUUGCAAUCGAACCCGCAGAACAAAACUCAGUUCCUCGGAAUCUCGCCGGAGCGUGGUUUUGCCGAUUUCAUAUUUGCCCAUGUGAUCCUGCAUAUGGUAGUGGUCAACUUUAUCGGCUAAGUCGGGUGCGGCGCGGUAAGUUUAAUCUACUACCAUACCAUACUGUAAUUGUAACUCUUCCGCUUUAGGAAGAAUUGUGUGAGUGCGCACUGUGUCAACCUUCAACAAUACAAAUAUGUAACAAUUAAUGAUAAGACCGCA